CAAACCUAUUCACAAUCUGUAUUUCCAAGUGAUUCAAUAACAUUAUCAAUUAACAAGAAAAAACUUUAAAUAUAACAUUUAAGUGUUUUUGGAAAAAAGUCAAUCUCACAAAAUGAAAAUAAAAAAGCAACAUAGAAAGAAAAAAUAUCUUCAUAAGUUAAAUCGAAAACGAAUGCAUCUUAGGCAAAAAAGUACAGGCACAGUGAAUUGUAAAGCUUUGAAAGAAGCAUGGAAUAAUAAUAGAUCAACUUUUCGUAAUUUGCGAGACAUGGGACUUGUAAAUGAUCCAAACAAAGCUAUAAAAAUACCCAGUUACAAAGAAGAACAAUUAAAAAUAGCCAAAAAAAUUGUGGAUCCUGAUGAGUUGGAAUCUGAAGAGCCCAAAGUAGUAAAAUCAAAACCCCGUAAGAUGGCUGUUGUUGAAAAGCUGGAACAAGAAGCACAUGCUCCUAGGGAAAGAAGAUUUAAAUUACCAAAAGGUCAAGUAGAAUUUAUUACUUAUUUACUUGAUAAAUAUGGUCAUGAUUACAAAGCAAUGGCCAAAGACAAGAAAAAUUAUUACCAGGAAACAUGGAAACAGCUAAGAGCAAAAAUUAAAACAUUCAUGGGUAUACCACAACAAUAUGGUGAAUAUUUAAAAGCAAGAGGUUUAUUAGAUAAAGAAGAAAAUGAAGACGAAUUAAAAGAACAGGCAAAAGCUUUAAUAAUGGAUGAUAGUGAUUAAUUUUAACUUAUGAAAAUAAAAUAGGAACCAGAUGUGAAAAUGUUUGCAUGUAUAGUCAACGUGGUACAACCUAUACUUUUACUGUCAUGUUGACUGAAAUAACAAUGUUGUAGUAAAAAAUGUUCAGCCAUGAAUAUUCAAAA